AGUACUUUUAUACUUAAAAAAUCAAGAAGUAUAUUUAUUGUUAAAGUUUGUUUGAAUGUAGUUUUCUGCUAUUUCACAGUAUUCUGAAAGACAAAAAUAGUAUAUGCACACACACAUAUAUUUGUUACUCUACACAAAACAGCAUAUGUCAAUAAAUAAUAAAAUAAUAAAUCAGACUUAUAUGGCACUUUUUUGGACACUCAAAGACGAAGAUAAUAGUAAUAGGAAAUAAAAUAAAGAUAAGCGGAAGAAAAUGGAUGGAUGGAAAUAAAGUGUUUUCUAAUGUUAACUUGAUUGUAUGUUAAUGGACAUAAUGAGUUUACAGAGCAGACCGGGUGCUAUUCUUAAUGCACAGCAGGAGACCACCGAAGGAACACUUUCAAGAAAAAACAACCACACAGAAGACCUUUGCAUUGGACCAGCCAGUGCUCAGUUUCGUUUCUUUAGCAGCAGUAACACAAAGAGCUCCUCUGUUUGGUACCUCACGAGCCACAAGAUGAAUGCACUCCUUAUAUUUAUGGGGUUGGUGUACACUGAGCAUCUUGUGGUCUCUGGCUCAGUUGUGGAUGUGAGGGUACAACUUGGAGAAGACGUCAUGCUCUACUGUGAUUGUACAACAGCAAGUGGGGUUCUGGUGAUGUGGUAUCGGAACUGCUCCCACAUGUACCAGCCCACUUUGGUUCUGAAACUACGGACCAAGUAUUUACAUGAUUUACGGAAUGAUCCUCUGAGCUGGAUGAUCCCUUUGCCUCGUUUUCAAUUUGUGAAGAACGACUCAUCCAAUUCCUACGAUCUGCUCAUCAGUAAUGUCACAGAGUCAGAUGAGGGCUUGUACUACUGUGGAACUGAAACAGUCACACUUGAGGAAGAUGGAACGAGUUAUCUCCAGAAAAAGUACAAAUAUGGUUAUGGGAAUGUAUCAACACAGCUAACUUUAAUUUCAGAAUCCUCUGAAGUGUUAGUGUCCCAUAAAACUCCACUGUCUCAUCAUGACCCUGUGUGGAGGGCAAUACUGGUGCCAGGGGCUGUGGUCCUUUUCUGCAAUGUGUGCUUCAUUCUGCUGUAUCAUCUUUGUCAGAAACAUGAUGCCAGACUUCAUACCAGAGGACUUCAGGAUAAGGAUCUGUGUUUAACUACUGUGGUGUUUGGAGCCAUGGAAAGGAAAAUUCAGUAGCAUCAGGCUGAUAAUUUAUUGUCGUAAAUUACAAUAAUAAACAAAGCUUUUUCACUGUU